GUAGUCUAUAAAUUCCAUCCAGAUCCAGCCCUGCAAAUGCAAUUCGAGGCAUUUGACAGACGGCAGUUGAUUACAGCGGCAGCGCACAAGAAUGGCGGGGCUGUAUGAGAAACCGUCGGAGACGUACGCCAAGAAGCGGCCGCGGUACCCCAAGGAGUGGUUCUCCAUGCUCGCCUCCCUCACCGCCGGCCACCACCGCGCCUGGGACGCUGGCUGCGGCAGCGGCCAGGCCUCCCUCAGCAUCGCGGAGCACUACGACAGCGUGGUCGCGACGGACGUGAGCGAGGGCCAGCUCCGCCACGCCAUCGCGCACCCCAAGGUGCGGUACCUGCACACGCCGGAGGACCUCGCGGAGGACGACCUCGUCGCCCUGGUCGGCGGCGAGGGCUCCCUGGACCUGGUCAUCGUGGCGACCGCGAUCCACUGGUUCGACGUCCCGCUCUUCUACGCCGUGGUGAACCGCGUCCUCAGGAAGCCCGGCGGCGUCCUCGCCGUGUGGGGGUACAACUACGACAUCCACCCGUUCGGGGACAAGCUGCACGGGGCGCUGUACCCGGCCAUGCGGCCGUACAUGGACCCGAGGACGAGGCUGGCCAUGGAGCGGUACCGCGACCUGCCGUUCCCGUUCGAGCCCGUCGGGGUGGGCCGCGAGGGCGAGCCGGCCGACGUCGACAUGGAGGCGGAGAUGACGCUGGAGGACCUGGCCGGGUUCGUGAUGACCGGCUCCGUCGCGACCACGGCUGGGGAGAAAGGGGUGGACCUGGAGGCGCUGGUCAAGGGUGUGAUGAAGGAGGUGGAAGAGGGGUGGGGGGAUCGGCCGACGGUGCCCAGGAAGCUUGUGUUCAAGGCCUUCAUGCUGGCCGGGAGGCCCAGGUGAUAGAUGAACUGCUGGGUGGUGAAUUGGGAUCGGUACCGUAGAGUAAAAUAAUAAAAUGUGAAGUUUGCGACUUAUUACUGCCUUCUUUUCAAAAUACUUUAAAGCUCUAGAUUUAUCCUAAGUCAAAUAUCCUCAAGUUUCACUAAGUUGUCAUUCGUAGUCUAAAAAUCUUGAUGUAAUUUUUAUUGAAAAAUGUUAUUUGGCUUACGUUCCUGGAAA